GCGAUGGUGGGAAGUACUCGGGGUUGCGGGUGAGACAGUGUCGCGCAAAUCUCCUCGGGCCAGGCACGCGUGCAAAAAGCAACGCGCAUUACCGGCGCGCGUUCGAAAUUCAACAUAUAGCAGAGACUAUAGAGUAAAAAAAAAUAAAAUAAAAAAAUAAGAUUCAACCCAUAAAGUGACGAAAAAUAAAAUUAACAGUGAAGUUUGUUAUUACGAUAAGGCUUAUUUUUUAUUGCGAAUGCGAUAGAGUCCCGCACAAUACAUGUCCAUGCAUCAAGAACAUCAACUAUUAAGAAUACAUGCGGGAGAUUGGAUAACAAAACAUUUCCCCACUUAGAACUCUCUGCCUUCAUGUGGAAAUAAAGAUUAUAUUAUCUGUAGUUCCAAUAACACAUUAAAAUGCAGUUCGUACGCGCCUUCUUCAGAAGGAUCACAGAUGAUCUCAAGCAAAAGAAGCUUAUACCUCUUAAAAUAUUGUUCUUCGUACACGCUUCUACUCUGUUCGUGUUGUACCCGUACCUGACAAUACACAUGCGUGAGUUAGGCAUCAACGUUGAGGAGACGGCCAUCAUGUCAGCCGUGACGCCGGUCGUCUCGAUUGUGAUGCCGCCGCUCGCUGGCAUGCUCGCUGACAAGAUCGGAAACUUCAGGUUACUAUUAGCAGUAUCGUCCGCACUGGGUGGAGCUUCAGCUCUCCUACUGCUGGCAGUGCCAGUGGGUCGCAUCACAGUUACAUUUCCUCCCGAAGUAGACUUGCUCGCGUCCUGUGAUGAUGGCGCCUUACAGUUGCAGCAUGUUCGAGAUUAUCCUUGCAGCCCUCUUCAUCCAUUUGCAUAUGACGUCAAUCUAACAGUGUUAUCUUGCGGUUUUGUUUGCGAAUUGCCACAUGGAGUUUCCUCAGAAGAAAUAGAGAGCAUUGUUCACGCGAACUCAUACGAUGUGCAUUUGAAAUCGCAAACUGAGUCACAGCGCCUUGUGUACCGCAACACGGUUUCUUCAUUGUUAGCUCGGAAAGAAAGGCCGAUAAGAGACCAUAGCAAUUCGCGUAUAAUGACUAAUGAUCCAUAUUUUAACUCCACCGCGACUAGAGUUGCUGAUGACAGAAUAUUCUUUCCUUCGCCUCAACUGUAUCAAAUAGAUUGCUCCCAUGAAGGCAACAAUGCUACCUGUUUAUUUGGAAAGAGUAAUUACUUCAAUGAUUCUAUCGAAGAAUCUCAAGAGACGUCCACGUAUCGUAUUCGAAUAACCCACGAUGCCCAACAGAAUGCUGAAGAAGUGCGAGCUUAUUAUGUGAAUGCUAUAUCUCUCAAAAACAAUACCAAAUUAGACGAAGACUACGAAGGAAUUGAUACAACAAUGUGCAAAAAUAAUUUUGAUGAGGAUAGUACUGGUGACGUGGUAUGGGUGAAUACCGCCUCAAAACGAUUGACCCAAUGUUCGGUAGCUUGCGCAGCCACUGCACCUAGGAAGAGUUUCUGUGACAAUCAGCUACAACAGAUUGAAUUGGAUCCAGCGUUUACAUUCUGGACUUACUUGGCCGUUCGUGUAUUUAUCGGCAUCAUCGGAGGCACUGCGUUCGCAAUGUUCGAAGGAGCAGUGAUUGCGAUCGUGAGGGAUCAGAGGGCAGACUACGGCCUUCAGAGAGUCUAUGGCAGUAUAGGAGGCAUGAUUUCGUCACCGCUCUCUGGGUUACUUAUCGACUAUGCAAGCAGAGGGAAAGGAUAUACAGACUUCAGACCCGCGUUUUAUCUGUAUGCAGUUUUGAAAGUUCUGUCUGGCGUUUUGAUGUUGAGCAUUGAUCUGGAGUUCAAGCAGCCCGCACAAAACCUUCUCGAGGAUGUCAUCACUGUGUUUCGCAAUAUUGAAAUUGUGGCGCUCUUCAUUGCUUGCUUUAUUAUGGGCACCGCGUGGGGCUACAUCGAAAGCUUCCUGUUCUGGUUGCUGCAAGACCUGGGCGCGUCUCGCUCGCUGAUGGGCAUCACCAUCACGGUGGGCGGCGUGGCUGGCUUGCCGCUGCUGGUGCUUUCCGGACCCAUCAUCAAGAAACUUGGCCACGCUAACGUCCUGUUCAUUGGUUUCCUGUUCUACGCUAUUAGACUUCUUGGCUACUCGCUGAUCUACAACCCGUGGCUGUGCUUGGUGUUCGAGGCGCUGGAGUCCGUGACGUCAUCGCUGUCGUUCACGGCGGCCGUCACGUACGCCGCGCGGCUGUCGUCCACCACCACCGACACCUCCGUACAAGGACUGUUGGGAGGAAUCUAUUAUGGAGUUGGCAAAGGAUCAGGCAGUCUAAUCGGAGGUUACUUGAUGAAGUUCUUCGGAACAAGACCAACGUAUCAAAUUUUCGCAGGAGCAAUGUUUGUGACCGGAUGUUUCUACUACCUUUUUAAUCAGUUUUACAUCCGAAAGAGAUCUAAAAUUAACAACAGCGACUUCUGCAAAAAGAAGCCUUCGCUAGACAUCGAGAGUCGUGACGCUACAAUAAAAGAGUCUGACAAAUCAAAUGCAUCGCUAGAUGUCACUAGUAAGAACGAAGUUGUAAAGAAUUGUGACAAUGAAACACAUGAAGGCUCAAAUAAGCCGACAAGUCCAAAACUCGUGUUAGCCCCUGAAACCACAGAUGGCAGCAACGACUCUGGAUUCGAUAAUCCUGCGUAUAAUGAAAACGAAAGCGAAAAUUCAGUUAAUGGUGAGAAAAAGAACGAAAAACCUAGUGUUUGAAAUCAUGUGAUAAAAAAGUAUUAUUUUAAGAUUACAAGUAAGCUCGACAUAUUAUUCUAUAAGUGUACCUUUGUAAAAUAUUGUAUAAAUUGAAAAGUAGCAGUAUUAAUAUAUUAAAUAACGUUUUAAAAAUA